AUGGACGAAAUCCUGCGCCAAGUCGGCUGGACCGAUGGAUUUAAUAUUCCAGCUCUCAGCGAUGAAAAUAGACGACUGGAGGCUGAGGUCGCGGCGAUGAUGCGGGAGAAAGCCUCCCUUAUGACUAGCGUCGCUGAACUCGACGACCUCUUAGGCUCGCUGAAUUCGCACACGCAGGAGCUCGAAACCGAAUAUUCCCAAAAUGAGACUAUGUUGGCGUCUCAACAAAAGCGACUCGACCUCGAAGAUGCCCUGAUCCGAGUGCUUCAGGGAGAGCAGAGUCGCCUGAAAAACGCAAUAGCUAUGGAUAGGCAGGAGAGAAAAGCCGUGGAGGAGCGGUGCCAGAAAAUUGAGAAACAAUUGAGAACGCCAGCACCGCGUUCCGGCGACCUGGGAGCCGUGCAGGAGCACUGGCAGAAACAAGAGGCCCUGGCAAGCCUCACAACGAACACAUUGGAAGACUUCUACAAGCAGGACGAAGUGAAGUUGAAGGAAUUAGAGCUGCAGCGGUUGCGCCUUCAGGAGCAGGUGACCGCCGCGACCAAUCGCUUGCACAAAUCAAACAGCGCCGUGGUGGCCCUUGAGCAGCAGCUGGAAACGUCUGCAAAUUUGUACAAGGUGGCGUUGGCUACCAAGGCCGAGCUGGCCGAAAGAUGGAAGUCGACUGCAAAAAGUGUCCGAGAAAAAGAUGAAAUCAACAGAGGAUUGAAGCAAGAAAUUUCUGAGCUCGGCAUUAUUCUGGAUUGCAAGCAAAAUGAUAUGAGAGAAUCAAGGGAGCUGGAAGAGAAUGAGCAGAGGAAGAACAGGGAGCUCGAGGCGCACACUCGACUCAUUGAGCACGACUUGGUCAAGUUGAGAGAUACGCUGCAGGGAAACCAAAGCACUAGUUUUGUGCUCAACGAAGAGGUCAAUAGCCUUCAACGCCAUUUGGCUGGGUGCGGCAGCGACUUGUCCGAGUUGCGAAAGCGCAGUCAGGAGUUGACAAAGCAAAUCAAGGAGAUGGAGGAGCAAAGGGACCUUAUGAAGGAGAGUUGCAUGCAGAGAAAGGCGCGUCUCGCAGACCUGAGCGGAAUGACGGAAGAUUCGGAAAAAAGAAAUUUACGUCUGGAGGAGAUGGUUCAGGAAAAGUUAAGAGCCGUAUCAAAAGGAAACCAGGACAUUCACAGAAUUGAAACUGAGACCACCAGGACAAAGCAGGAGCUCGGAGGCGUCAAGCAGAGCAUCGACAACUGCCUCGUUGCUGUCAAUGCAGAACAGGCUGCGCUCAGGAAUUCUCAGCAGCAAAAGAACGCAGUUGACAAAUUGCUGGAAAGACAUAGAGACAUGAUUCUUGAUAUUGAUUUGGGAAUCCAAAGGGCAGAGCUGAGACUCCAGAGGAUUGCAAAUGAAAAAGCUAUUGAUGCAGAAAACGCGACAAGGUUGGCAGAAAAAGAAUUGCUGCUCAAGGAAGCACUUUCUGAAAAGAAAAAUAAUUUUAUUGAACUGGAACGGGAUUUACGAAACACAGAGUCCAGUGAGAGGCAGGUUUCCCAGUCGCUUUUUACUUUGAAGGAGCAGUGUGGAGCAUUGCAAGAGGCAGAGAAAGCCUACUGGGCUGAAGUGGAGGGCGGAGACUCCAAAAUUUCUGCAAGUAGGACCGAGGUUGAGAAUAGCCAAGUGAAAGUAUCACUGAUGAAGGCGAAAGUCACCAGAAGAAGUGAAGAGCUGCUAAAGGUCAAGGCCGAAGUUCUAAGCUUGAAGAACACAGCCUUACAAGCUGACAGGGUCGGAAGACUGCAAAGUGCAGAGUUGGCGUCGGAGCUCUCUGCUCUGACAGCAGAGGUGAACGGAGCGGAACAUGAAAACUCAGAGCUCCGAGUUGCGAUCAAAAAACGAAAGCUGCGGAUUGAACAACUUCAAGGAGUUUUGGACAUGACCCUAAAAUCCAUGGAAGGAACGGGAGCUGAAAAUUUGGAUUCCAUUCAAUGCAUCACAAAGCAGCAAAUUAGGGUGGCUCAAGAAAAGGGCGAGUUGGUUCAAAAAGGCAACAUGCUUGACCUCCAUAUAAGAACGGCAGAGAAAGAAAUUCAGGCAAUGGAGCACACUUUGGCUCUGGUAAAGUCGGCUAAUGAUAGAUAUCGAAGCAGUCUAGCCCUCCCAGGUGCAACAAGUGCUGAAAGCGUGGACCCCGACUUGAUGGAAAAAAUUCAGCAGGAAGAACAACGCCAAAAUAAUUUGCGAGCCGAGUUGAAAGACAAGAAAGAGAGCGAGGCAAAAAUAUUUGCAAAGUGCCAAAAUUUAAGAGAGGAGCUUACGGAGACGGAGGGCAAGUACCAAGAGCUACUUACAGCAAGUGCAGAGCGCAGGCUGGAAGUGGGAGAGCUGGAAAGAGAUUUGGCUGACCAAGACGUGAAGCUGAGACGAGCCGUGGCACAGGCAAAGCGCCUGAAACGGGAGCUAAGGGCAGGACACUCUGAACCAACAUUUGAAGAGAGAGAUAUUCAGGUAAAGGAAAUGAAGAGAGUCAACACCUCAGCCAUGAAGCAACUUUGGGAGCUGGGACACGAAGCCAAGCCUUUGGUGGUUCAAUAUCUGCAGGAAAAGGGGCUGCCGUAUGAAAAUCAUGGGGCAGGGAAGUCAAAAGUUAAACAAAGUAGUCCAUCUUCAACAGGCGCACCUGGACAGAGUGAAUAAGAGAACAGAUUGGCCCGAUCAAAGGUAUUACAUUUAUUACGUUGACAAUCUAUAUCAAGGAAACGCAAAAGUGAAAAAAGCUAUCUACAGGACUUAAAAAUCUGCAAUUAAUCAUUCAAGAGAAUGACUGAAUAUCUUAUUGAUAUAAUGACAUUAAGGGCUGCAUAAUAGCAUUAUAAUUAAAAAUUGAUUCACAAAGCAAAUUGCAGUUUCAAUCAUCAAGAGUUCUGCCCACUUAUUUUUAUUCUUUUGCCGCUAUGUUUUGAUAUUAACCUGCACACUAAUAUACAGUUAUAUAAUUAUUAAUAGCAAUAUUUAAACUGUAAUGACAUUGUAUCUUUUGUAACCCUCAAAAUUUGUUGAGGAUAGAGCAUCUUUAAUAAUAGAAUUAAAAAAGAGAGAUGCAAAGAUGAUAAACCUUCUUAUUGGCACCGCCCUUCAAAUUUACUUUACCUCUAUCAGUCCAUGCAAUUUAAGGAAAGGCAUAGGGAGGAGAGGAUUUUUCAGCUGAGGACACCUUGCUUGCAAAGUUUAUGUGAUAAAAUCCUCUCCCCUAAGCCUAGCGCAUAUCAUCUGAUGUCUGACGUGUACUUAGUCGAAAUCUCGGUCGGGCAGUACAAUUGGGGCCACCAAUGUCCAAGAGUAGAGCGCAAUGCAGAGCCAGCUUGAGAUGAU